AAACCUGUUAUCACACGUAACAGAGUACCGACCAAAGAGGAGAAAUGGUAGAACAAAUUUUAUAUUGAAUUCAGUGGAUAAUAAUUUAUUUUAAUAUAAAAAAAAACUUCAAACUAAGAAAAUCAAAUUUUUAUAUUUCAUUUACCACCGAUCUUUUUUCUCUUCUUCCUCUCUGUUUCCUUGAGAUCCAAAAGAUACCCGUUUGAGUUCUCUUUUUACUUAAUCUCCCAGAUCUUACAGAUUUUCAAAAGACCCAAAUUCAGAAACUUCAAAAGCUUUGAUUUGAAGAAGAAAAAAAAAAAAACAAGAAAAAAAGAAGCUUUGCCUUGCGUGUUUGGUGAUAACAAGUAGGUCUAGGUGGGGGCGAAUGUGGCUGAUUUUCUCUUUCUAGUCUGUUUGUGUUUGGCUACCAAGAUAAUUCUUUUCUUUUUGCUUCUGUUUCUGGGUCUUUCUGUUUAGUGAGUGAGAACUAGAAAAAGAAAGAAGAGAUCUUUUUGGUGUUUUGUUGAUUUGGAGUUGAAGAAAAGAUGCAGCAAAAUCACUUGAAGAAGGACUUAAAAGAGAUGGACUUUUUCACUGAAUAUGGCGAUGCAAAUAGGUAUAAAAUUCUUGAAGUCAUUGGGAAGGGAAGCUAUGGAGUUGUUUGCGCAGCGCUUGACACACAUACUGGGGAGAAAGUGGCGAUAAAGAAAAUACAAGAUGUAUUUGAGCACACAUCGGAUGCUAUAAGGAUUUUACGUGAAGUCAAGUUGCUCAGACUUCUUAGACAUCCUGAUAUAGUUGAAAUUAAGCGUCUAAUGUUGCCACCAUCGAAGAGGGAGUUCAAAGACAUAUUUGUUGUUUUUGAGCUCAUGGAGUCUGAUCUUCACCAAGUCAUCAAAGCUAAUGAUGACUUGACGCGUGAACAUCACCAGUUUUUCCUUUACCAAAUGCUUCGUGCGAUGAAAUAUAUGCAUACAGGAAAUUGGUUUGGAUGGGGUGCUUUAAGUAAUUACAAAUUUAUACUGAUUGCUAAGUUCGUGGUUGCAGCUAAUGUUUACCAUCGUGACCUUAAACCAAAGAAUAUACUGGCAAAUGCAAAUUGCAAACUUAAAGUUUGUGACUUUGGGCUUGCAAGAGUUGCAUUCAGUGACACCCCAACCACAGUCUUUUGGACGGACUAUGUUGCUACACGAUGGUACAGGGCUCCAGAGCUGUGCGGAUCUUUCUUUUCUAAGUAUACACCAGCUAUUGAUAUUUGGAGCAUCGGCUGCAUCUUUGCAGAGGUAUUGACAGGGAAGCCCCUAUUUCCUGGAAAAAGUGUUGUUCAUCAAUUAGAAUUGAUCACUGAUCUUCUGGGAACACCUUCACCAGAAACCAUUUCUGGAGUCCGAAAUGAUAAAGCAAGAAAAUACUUGACAGAAAUGAGGAGAAAACACCCUGUGCCAUUUUCACAGAAAUUUCCAAAUGCAGACCCUUUAGCAGUGCGGCUAUUGCAGAGAUUGUUAGCAUUCGAUCCUAAGGACCGGCCAACUGCUGAGGAGGCAUUAGCUGAUCCUUACUUCAAAGGCUUGGCUAAAAUUGAGAGGGAACCUUCUUGUCAGCCAAUCUCAAAAUUAGAGUUUGAGUUUGAGAGGCGAAGGGUGACAAAGGAGGACAUUAAGGAAUUAAUUUACAGGGAGAUACUAGAAUAUCAUCCUCAGCUGCUCAAAGACUAUAUAAAUGGAAACGAAGGAACCAAUUUUCUCUAUCCAAGUGCCAUUGGUCAAUUCAGAAAGCAGUUUGCGUAUCUGGAAGAAAACGGCGGUAGAAGUGCACCAGUUUUCCCUCUGGAGAGGAAGCAUGUAUCCCUCCCAAGGUCUACAGUUCAUUCUACUACUAUCCCUUCAAAUACGCAGUCAACUUUGGUUUCAUCUGAGAAUCGACAAGUUAAAGAGGAGGCUUCCAAAAAAGUAACAGAUGCGAUUUCUGGUAAUCCAAAGAUAGCACGGCCUCCACCUAGGGUGCCAUCUGCAAAACCAGGGAGAGUCGUUGGAUCUGUCAUACCAUAUGAGAAUGGGAAAAAUGUUAAAGAUGGUUUCGAUGCUAAGAGCCUUUACAGAAAUGCGGUCCUUCCUCCACAGGAUGUCUCCGCCCAUUGUUUCCUUAGAACUAGCACCACAAAUCAAGAGAAAUCUGGAACACAGGCUGACAGGAAUCCACAAACCAAGCUGCAACCUCAGUUUAGCAUGGUGGCAAAAUCAGCCCCUGGAAUGGUUGUUGACCUUAACAGCAACCCCUAUUACCGACCACGAACCAAGGCUGAUAAAUUACAUGAUAGAUUACCCAUUGAUGCAAAAAUACUGCAGGCGCAAUCCCAGUUCGGUGCAGUUGGUGCUGCUGCUGUAGCUGUAGCUGCCCACAGGAAUGUGGGUACAGUUCAGUAUGGAUUUUCUUAACUGGGAUUUGCAUCAGGGUGUGUUGAUAAUGGCGACAACGGUCUAUUGAAGUGAGGUGAGGGUAGUGGGGGGGUAGUUCUCUGGUGCUGCUCUUUUCAAGUUUCUAAUUUAUGAUGCUCUUCUGUAAUUAUAUGUUGUAUUAUUGAAUUUCAUAAGUGAAAUAAAUUGCUGCUAAUUCUUAGAAGACUCGGCCCAAUGGAAAUUCAACUAGAUUGACACCAACAUUUUGAUUGGUAUAUUGAAGGGCAAAUUCAUUUACAAGAUUAAGGGAAAACACUUCUGGAAGAAGCAUUUCUCUUUAGGUGGAAUGAACACAACUGAAAAUGUGAUGAAUUUCAAUAACGUAACAUUUCUAACCACAACCUGCUUCUUCAAAAUUAUGUGUAUAUGGUAAUUUGUGUAUUUAUGUUAUAUUUUAUGUAAAAAUUGCAUGUUGUGUUAAAAUCUUCGACCUUUUUC